GUGUUGACGAUUUCACAUCUUCCCGAAAGCUGGUGUUUGGUUGGUCUGAUUGGUGUACGUCGUACUUCCGGAGUACAUCACCUUCAUCCUCAAGAAAAAGAACAUCCAGUCAAAGCUGGUCAUUCAGCACCAAUGAUUCUCACGCGAUCGGAAAUAAAAAUACCACGAGAACACAAGACCCUACUUCACAGUUUUAGGUGUGAGAUCCACGUUUUGAAAUCAACAAUAAGAGACCCCAGUAUCAGCUUGUCCGAAGCUAGAAAUUUGAUUCUUUUGUGCUCACAUGGUUCAAGUGAAGAGAAUUUCUCACAAGAAUGCAGUCAGUCAGUACGGAAGUGUACCACAAUGACAGCGAGAGACCUCGUUUUGGAAUCCGGAUGUUCCCCGAUAGCCCGGAUGUUGUAUUGUCUGGGUAAAACAGAAGUUUCCAGUUGUUUUAAAAGCUUCAAGUCGGUGAAGUUCGUCGUCAGACAUCUCCAGAGUGUAUGUUCUAGACACAGAGAAGACCAAUAAAGCAUCCAGAAUCCUUAAAAACGGCUUGA